CGUCAACAGACGCAAGAACGCAGGACGAUCAGGUGAAUAUGAGCCCUGUAAGCUGCUAGUCUGGAUUUAAUUCUUUGACAUAUUCAAAGGCACAGGUUGCCACGAUGAAGGGCCGAUCGGGCUCACCUGCUCGCUCCGAGAAUGAAUUCGACAUUGGCUCUGCACUGGUCGGCGAUGAUGUCGAGUCCACUGCCAGUCAGUCUGAUCAGGACAAUGGAAGAGUUCAGGAUGCCGACCUAGAUGUCAUGGGAGAAGAUUCAGGCUCUGGUGACGAGGCAAUCAUCGCCGCUCAGCUGGCUGCAUCGAACCGCAAAGGCACGAAUUUGAAAGGACGAACCGUGAAGAAGGGCGGUGGAUUCCAGGCAAUGGGUCUCAAUGCGAACCUCCUCAAGGCCAUUACCAGAAAAGGCUUCUCUGUGCCGACACCGAUUCAGCGCAAGACUAUUCCUUUAUUGCUCAAUGACAAAGAUGUGGUGGGAAUGGCACGAACAGGUUCGGGAAAGACAGCUGCAUUUGUAAUACCUCUGAUUGAAAGGCUCAAGGUUCAUAGCACCAAGGUUGGUGCAAGGGCUUUGAUAUUGUCUCCAUCAAGAGAAUUGGCCUUGCAGACAUUACAAGUCGUCAAGGACCUUGGAAGAGGAACGGACUUGCGAUCAAUAUUGCUGGUUGGAGGAGACAGUCUCGAAGAACAGUUCUCUGCCAUGUCAAAUAAUCCAGACAUAAUUAUCGCCACUCCAGGUCGCUUCCUGCAUUUGAAAGUCGAGAUGGGUUUGGAUCUGUCGAGCAUGAGAUAUGUCGUCUUUGAUGAGGCAGAUCGGUUGUUUGAGAUGGGAUUUGCAGCACAACUGACAGAAAUUCUGCACGCAUUACCGGCUUCUCGACAAACCUUGUUGUUCUCUGCCACUCUGCCAAAAUCGCUGGUCGAAUUUGCUCGAGCGGGCCUGCAAGAUCCUGUGCUUGUAAGACUCGAUGCAGACAGCAAGAUUUCUCCCGACCUACAAAGUGCCUUUUUCACAUUGAAGUCGUCCGAGAAGGAAGGAGCGCUGCUGUAUUUACUUCAAGAGGUCGCUAAAGUACCAACCAAAUCUCAACUGGUCAGCUCGACUACUGGAGACACUGAUAAAUCAGAUAAAUCAAGCAAGAAAAGAAAACGGCAAGAUGCAGAUGGAGCUGUUUUGCCCAAUUCCAACCCUUUCUCAACUAUCGUAUUCGCAGCCACCAAACACCAUGUCGAAUACCUAGCACACCUUCUCCGUUCUGCCGGAUAUGCAGUAUCAUACGUGUAUGGUUCACUCGACCAGACAGCACGAAAAACGCAAGUUCAUGCAUUCCGAACAGGGCAAACAAAUAUUCUCGUUGUUACCGAUGUGGCUGCUCGAGGUAUUGAUAUUCCUGUUUUGGCCAACGUUAUCAACUACGACUUCCCAUCCCAACCAAAGAUCUACGUCCAUCGGGUCGGACGAACAGCGAGAGCCGGCCAAAAAGGCUGGAGUUACAGUCUUGUUCGGGAUGCUGAUGCUCCUUAUCUACUCGAUCUCCAACUUUUUCUCGGUCGCAAGCUUUCGGUUGGCAGGGCCAUCAAAGAGAAUAUCAACUUCGCGUCAGACGUGGUUGUGGGGGGUGUACGUCGGGAUGACUUAACAACCUCGUGCGAAUGGGUUAACAGAUCGCUUGAUGAUGAUUCAGACUUGUCCGCUCUACGGUCUGUUGCCAUGAAGGGCGAAAAAUUAUACCAGCGUACUCGAAACUCGGCUUCGUCCGAGAGCGCGAAGAGGGCAAAAGAGUUGGUCUCCUCUGAGUCUUGGUCAGAGCUACAUCCUCUGUUCAACGACCAGUCAGACGAUCUUGAGGCCCAGAGAGAGAAAAUGCUGGCUCGAGUUGGCGGCUUUCGUCCUCAGGAAUCUAUCUUUGAGAUUGGUGCUCGUCGUGGUGGCCGCAAGAACAAUGACGAUGCCAUCGAUGCAAUCCGCAAGAUUCGAUCUGGUCUUGAGACUCGCAAGCAGAAGUCUCUGGAUGCGGUCAAAUCACCAGCCGGUGUUCCCGACGAUGAGAACGUGCCUAGUACAAAUGCUGAAGCAGAAGAGUGGGAAGAUGAUGGACUUGAGAAUGGCUUUGACGAUGCUAUGUCAGAAGCCUCGUCCAAUGAGCUAGAAGUUACCUUCUCCCAACCCCAAACCAAGAAACAGAACCAGCGAAUUGAUCACAAAGCCGACUCUUUCCGUGAUCCCGAGAAUUUCAUGUCAUACCUUCCAACAUCGACCAACCUCUCCGAUGACCGCGCUUACGGUGUACACUCCGGGAGCAAUACCAACUUUGCCGAAGCCGCACGAUCCGCAACCAUGGAUCUCGCAAUGGAUGAAUCCAGUAAGACUUUCGGUGAAGCACGCAGCAUUAUGCGUUGGGAUAAGCGACACAAGAAGUACGUUCGGCGGGAUAAUGACGACGAUGGUAGCAAGGGCAAACGACUUGUCCGUGGCGAAUCAGGAGCGAAGAUUGCUGCAAGCUUCCGCUCCGGUCGGUUCGAAAAGUGGAAGAAGGAAAAUCGACUUCAGCGCGUGGCCAGAGUCGGUGAGGCCGAGGGUAAUAUUUCCACUCCGGGGGGUAGUGGCAUCGGAGGAAAGCGGUUCAAACACAAAACAAACAAAAUGCCCAAAGCUCCUGACAAAUAUCGUGAGGACUAUGAGAAGCAGAAGAAGAAGGCUGCUGGAGCAAAGGAGCGCGCCGAGGGUAUGGGCGUCAACAAAGGGGCGAAGGAACUCAGAAGUGUUGACCAUAUGGUCAAGGAGCGGCGGGCCAAGGAGAAGAGAAGGGAAAAGAAUGCCAGGCCGAGCAGGAAGAGGUCAUGAACGGGUUGAUGGCACUUACUCGUACGGGUACUCAUCCAAUGCUAUACGAGUACUUUUGGUGAUGUCCCUCCUCUUGUUGAUCUUUCCGUUGUUCAAACCGACCUUGUACCAAUUUUGUUUCUGCUCAUGUUCUUGCCACAGUAUGAUACAGCCCGUACGCAUCUUCCGUCCGAGCGAGCAUCUCGCGAUGUGUACUCCAGUCGAAAGUUGGUAUUGUUCUGCAUCCACCCACAGCCACACUCUACACAGCGUACGAGUGGUAUUUGUAGCAUCAUCACCAUGGCCAACAAUAUCGAUUUCAUCAAUCACAUUCUCAACCUCAUCCAUCAGUACGACGGUGUCUGUCUUCUUGCUCAAAUCAAUCUCAAACCUUGAUGUGGCUCGCCUCUCCUCGCUCUCGAGUCCCA